AUGCGCAUCCACACCAAACUCCCUGCACCUCCACCACCUCUCACUCUUUUACUUCUUUUCCUCUCUUUCUCCUCUCCGGCAACGUCUCAACCACAGACACCAUCUCCACCGCCGCCAGAUCCAUUCGCAAGAAUGAAAUUCGACAAAACCAUGGCCUCAGUGCUUAUCUUCCUCGUCAUGGUUUUCUUCACUCUAGGCUUCAUUUCCAUCUACACUCGUCAAUGUAGAGAGCGGAGAAUCAGAGGAAGGAUUGAUCUCGCUGUUCCGAUCAGCGUCGGUGAUGGUUACAGACGACCGUACGGACUGGAUCCGGUGAUUAUCGAGAAUUUUCCGAACUUUGUUUAUUCCGAGGUGAAGGAUCUCAAGAUUGGGAGAGUCACGCUAGAAUGCGCCGUGUGCUUAAACGAGUUUGAAGAUGAUGAAACGCUGCGUUUGAUUCCGGUAUGUAGCCACGUGUUCCAUCGUGAGUGUAUUGAUGCUUGGUUGUUGCAUCACUCCACGUGUCCGGUUUGUCGAGCCGAUCUUGUUCCCGAUCCGAAAGAUGAGUUGGCGUCUUCUUCAAUUCUGAUACAGACGUCGGAUACGAAUUUAGAUGAACCGGUUUUGAACCAUGAACCGGAUGUGGUUGAACCGGUGUUAAACCAUGACAUUGACAAAACAAAAAUAGUUAAAGUGACUUCAGAGGUGAUUUUAGAUGGAACUGGAAGAAUGAAAAGGCCGGUUCGGUCUAAGUCAAUGGGUUUUAUGUUUGCGAGAUUGUUUUCGCGGUCUAACUCGAUGGGUCAUUUGACGAUUCGGUCGAGUGAGGAUUGUGAGCGGUUCACCUUAAGGUUGCCGGAUGAGGUUCAUAAUAGGCUUGUGAAUGACAUCACAUUGAACAGGGCAAAAAGUUUGGGUGUGGAAAUGGCAUUACAGAGUGAGAGAGGGGAUUUUAGAACGAGGAGUGUAGGGAGGAGUUUUCCACAGUACGAGCGGUUCAAUGUGGAGAGCCGGGUGGACCGGAAAGGGUUUAGUUGUGGUCCGUCUUUAUUGGGUCGGGUUGGUUCAAUGAGGUUAACUAAGGAUGGGAAUAAGGGAACAAUGGGCGUUGUGGAUGAAGUUGAUGUUGAAGAACGUUCUUCGAGUCUUUUAGUUAAUACUCAUUGA